CGCGGCGGAGGGGCGAUGCGGCGCUGGGGGGCCUCGCUGGCGCCCUUGGCGGGCUCGCUGGCGCUGGGGCUGGGCUUGGGCGCCGCCUGGGCCGGGGGGCAGCGCCGGGGGUCGCCGGAGGGGCUGCUGGCGCGGCUGCCCGUCGUGCCGGUGGCGGCCUCCUCCUCCUCCUCCUCUUCCUCCUUGGAGGUGGGCCGGGGCGGCGGCGGCGGCGAGCUGGCCAAGUACGGCCUGCCGGGGCUGUCGCAGCUGCGGAGCCGCGACUCCUACGUGCUGUGCUACGACCCGCGAGCCCGGAGCGCCCUGUGGGUGGUGGAGCGGCUGGACGCGGCGGGCCUCCGCGGCUCCUCCGAGCGCGCCGCCUGCGACUUCCGCGAGGACGACUCCGUCCACCCCUACCACCGCGCCAGCAACGCGGACUACCGGGGCAGCGGCUUCGACCGGGGCCACCUGGCCGCCGCCGCCAACCACAAGUGGAGCCAGAAGGCCAUGGGGGACACCUUCUACCUCAGCAACGUCGCCCCCCAGAAUCCUCAUUUAAAUCAAAACGCCUGGAAUAAUUUGGAAAAGUAUUCUCGCAGUUUAACGAAGACUCACCAGAAUGUUUAUGUCUGCACCGGCCCACUUUUCCUUCCCAGGAUGGAGCCAGAUGGGAAGAUGUACGUGAAGUACCAAGUCAUCGGCCGGAAUCACGUGGCCGUCCCCACCCACUUCUUCAAGGUGCUGAUCUUGGAAAAAACCCGGGGAGAAGUGGAGUUGCAAUCCUACGUCAUGCCCAACGCCCCCGUAGACGAGAACGUCCCCCUGGAACGCUUCCUGGUCCCCAUCGAGAGCAUCGAGAGGUCAUCGGGCCUCCUCUUCGUCCCCAACAUCAUGAAAAAGACCACCAGGUUGAAAGCCAUCACGGCUGGGAGCGCGGCCUGAGGACCACUGCAGAGACCGGCUGGGAGUGGCGUCGGAAUAGAAAUAGUUCUCGCUUUGCGGCCACGACUGAGCCCGAAAAUCUCUGCCGCUAA